AUGGCGGCUAAUAACGUCCCACGUCAGACCACUUCCUUUCAUCACAUCGUAAUCGAUGACGAUACCAUCUUGAAGGCGACUGCUAAUCUGAAAUCCAGUGUUUCUGCAGGUGACAGGAGGAACGUUAACAAUUAUCGCGGUAUUUCUGCCUUAUGUGCGAUCGCCAAACUGUUUGAGCUGGUUGUAUUAGAUCCAUUUUUCUCGUAUUGCAAUUUUUACUUCUCCAACGAACAACAUGGAUUCAUGCCUAAACGCUCUACGACUACAAACUUGUUGACGUUCACAUCUUCCGUGCAAGACAGUUUUACCAAGGGAUCUCAAACCGACGUAAUCUACACCGACCUGACCGCAGCUUUCGACAAGGUAAACCACAAAAUAGCCAUAGCCAAACUAGAUCGUAUCGGUAUUUGUGGCUCUUUACUGGAAUGGCUACCUGGUAGGACGGAAACUUAUUGUACGUUCAGCUACGAAAGCCGCUGCCGCCUUAUCGAUAUCGACACGCUGCAGGCCCGCCGGACCGCAACAUGGGCCUCUAUUGUUGCCGAUCUGCUUUCGUCGAGAACCGACUGCUCUGCACUGCACUCCAACUCAGCGUACGAUCCCGAGGCUUGA